CCUAGCGAAUUCAAUUCAGUUCUCAUUUCAUAGAAUCGAGAGAGAUCAAUUACCUUUAUCAAAUCGAAGAUGCCGAAGAAGAUGGGUUUGAACAGCAAGGCGGAGGUCGCCAAAUCCAGGAAGAACGCGGCGGAGGCUGAGCAGAAGGAUCGUCAGACUCGGGAGAAGGAAGAACAAUACUGGCGCGAGGCCGAGGGUCCCAAAUCCAAGGCGGCCAAGAAGCGGGAGGAGGAAGCGGAGAAGAAGGCCGAGACCGCCGCUAAGAAAGCGGAGGCGAAGCGUCUGGCUGAGCAGGAGGAGAAAGAGUUGGAGAAGGCUUUGAAAAAGCCGGACAAGAAGGCGAAUCGCGUCACUGUGCCUGUCCCUAAGGUCACAGAAGCUGAGCUUAUAAGAAGGCGCGAGGAGGAGCAGGUGGCUCUGGCUAAGAAAGCAGAAGACUCUAAGAAGAAACAGACUCGCAUGGCAGGGGAAGAUGAGUAUGAAAAGAUGGUUCUGGUGACCAAUACCAAUCGCGAUGAUUCUCUCAUCGAGGCACAUACCGUUGACGAGGCGCUUGCACGGAUUACUGUGUCAGAUAACCUGCCCGUUGAUCGACACCCGGAGAAGAGGCUCAAGGCUUCUUUUAAGGCCUAUGAAGAAGCGGAACUUCCAAGGCUCAAGGAGGAGAAACCAGGUCUUACUCACACUCAGUACAAGGACUUGAUAUGGAAGAUGUGGAAGAAAUCACCAGAUAAUCCUCUUAACCAGGCUGCUGCUGCUGCUGCUAAUGAGUGAAAUGCAACUUGGAGUCAGAACAAGGGAAGGUAUGAUGAAGAGGGAGAUGCAUGGCAGAGAGUAUGAUGCAAAUCUUUUGUUUCCCUGAGAAUAUGUUUGAGUGACGGACACUGUGUAACAUAUUUUGGGCAUAAUUAUGCUCACCAACAUUGCUUAUUGUUUCUUGUGCUUUGUGUAUAAACACUAUGAUAUAGCAGACAAGAUCGUUUUAAUAAGGAUAUACCUGUGAGCUGUAAUAAAUUAAUAAUCACAUU